UCAAAACAAAGAAACAACAUUUACAACCAAAAUAUCUCAUAUUCCACUAAUAUUCUAUCAAAUCGAAAUUGUACUCAUUAUCUCCCUGAUUAUUCGCUAACUCUAAUAUUUCAUCUCCUUAAACGAAUCUCAUUUACUCGACCUAAUCAUAAUCCUAUAAAUAUGACUUCUUUGCCAAACCGACUUAACAUAAGCAACCACAUUCAUACAAUACUCGCAAGAAACCAUAAACACUUUUCUUCAACCGAUGGCUGCUACUUUUGCCUUCCUAAAAGAUGUUAGACCCUACAAGACCGCCUGGAGGGUACAAGUGAAGGUACUCCAUGCAUGGUGUCAAAGUACUGGUGAAUCUCUUGAGUUGGUUGUCUCAGAUUCUCUGGGCAAAAAAAUUCAUGCAUCAGUUAAGAAGGAGUUGGUUACCAAGUACGCGAAUAGGCUCCCUGUUGGAAACUGGGUUUUCAUUGAGACUUUCGGACUUAGCUACGCAACUGGUCAGUUCAGACCAACUACCCAUCUGUACAAGAUGGCCUUCAUCACCGGAACUUUGGUGUUGCAGAGUGAUCCUGUAUCUGACUCUACCUUCCUGUCAUUAACAAAGUUUCGGAAGAUCCAAAGUGGGGAAGCUAAUCCCAAUAUUUUGGUUGGUAAGUAUAUAUAGAUUUAUAUUUCAUUACAACUUUCCAGUAAAAAUGAUUUACUAACCAUAUUAUAAUUUUCAGAUGCUAUUGGCCAAAUUGUAAGCGUUGGUGAGUUGGAGAAUCUGGAAGCCAACAAUAAGCCAAACACAAGGCUUGACUUCGAGCUUAGAGAUGAAACGUAAUUAUGUCUUACACAAUGAAGUUAUAUAUAUUGAUACUUAUACUAUCUAUACAUAAAUAUAUUAUCUAAUCGAUAUACUUCUUCUAUUGUAUAGAGAUGAGAGGAUGACAUGUACCUUAUGGGGUUCCUUUGCCGAGAGGGUUUUCAGAUCAUGUCAACAUUCUGAUGGAAGCAUCAUCAUUUGUGUUCUCCGCUUUGUGAAGAUAAAAUCCUACAAGGGUAAAGACUUCA